GGCAGGAAGCUGGUCUCCUGAGUGUCCUGCCUGUACUUGGUGGUGAGGGGUUUUGAAGAAAAACGACCCAUUGUCUCUCUCAUCCUGCUUGUGAGCCUGAGCAGUGAAACGAUGCCUCUGGAUGCCCGCCCAGGAUGACCUACUAUAAAGCAUAGAAUAAGCUCCUGCUUUAUCCACAUGGACAGAUUCUAGUUGAAAAGCUUGUUAGAGCAACAUGAGCUGGAGCUUUCUCACUCGUCUUCUGGAAGAGAUCCACAACCACUCCACCUUUGUGGGGAAAGUGUGGCUGACUGUGCUAAUCAUCUUCCGCAUUGUGCUCACAGCGGUUGGCGGUGAGUCAAUCUACUCGGACGAGCAAACCAAGUUCACCUGCAAUACCAAGCAGCCAGGUUGUGACAACGUAUGCUACGAUGCCUUUGCCCCUCUCUCGCACGUGCGCUUCUGGGUCUUCCAGAUCAUCAUGAUCUCCACUCCUUCCAUCAUGUACAUGGGUUACGCCAUCCACAAGAUAGCCCGAAGUUCAGAUGAGGAGCGCAGGAAACACAACAGGCUCCGCAAAAAACCUCCUCACUCCAGAUGGAGAGAGAGCCACCAUCUGGAGGACGUCUUAGAGGAGGAUGAAGAUGACGAUGCUGAGCCCAUGAUCUAUGAGGAUACACUGGAGGUACAGGAGGCCAAACCUGAACCAGUGAGCAGCACUAAAGACCCACCAAAACAUGAUGGCCGCCGGAAGAUUAUGCAAGAAGGUCUGAUGAGAAUCUAUGUUCUUCAGCUGAUGUCACGAGCUAUUUUUGAAAUAGCUUUUCUUGCUGGACAGUACCUCCUUUAUGGUUUUCGAGUUAAUCCUUCAUAUGUAUGCAAUAGGGUGCCCUGUCCACACAGAGUGGAUUGUUUCAUCUCCAGGCCCACAGAGAAAACAAUCUUCCUCCUUAUCAUGUAUGUGGUAAGCUGUCUUUGUCUCGUGCUAAAUGUUUGUGAGAUGCUUCACUUAGGAAUCGGCACUUUUCGGGACACCCUUCGCAUGAAGAGGAACCGGGGCCGGCGGAUGUCCUACGGCUACCCGUUUUCUCGCAACAUCCCAGCCUCCCCUCCGGGGUACAACCUUGUGAUGAAGACAGACAAACCUAGCAGGAUCCCCAACAGCCUCAUCACCCAUGAGCAGAACGUGGCCAACGUGGCCCAGGAACAGCAGUGCACCAGCCCAGAUGAGAACAUCCCUUCUGAUUUGGCGAGCCUACACCGGCACUUACGUGUUGCCCAGGAACAGCUUGAUAUGGCCUUCCAAACAUAUCAAACCAAAACCAACCAGCAAACCUCCAGAACCAGUAGUCCUGUAUCUGGGGGCACCAUGGCAGAGCAAAAUCGAGUCAAUGCAGUCCAGGAGAAACAAGGAGCGAGGCCGAAAUCAGCCACAGAGAAGGCUGCAACCAUUGUAAAAAAUGGAAAGACCUCUGUCUGGAUCUAGAUAAAUCUAAUUUAGUAAAUUAAAAAUUAAAACCUUUUAGGACUCUAGGACUGCACUGAGACACAGCUGGAGGAUAUGUGUGUGUGCGUAAGAUGCGACUUUGGACAAUAACAACAAUUUCAAUCACACCAGCUGAAGGAGUACAAUACACAGUUUUUGGGAAUUAAAAAAAAAGAAAACACACAUGACGAAAUUAUCAAAUCCAUGAAUCUUCUUUGUUACUGUAGUGUGUCUUUUUGUGCUUGCCAUAGCUUUUGGAAGAUUAACAUGUGCUUACUUAGUUAAACAUCUCUAAUUCCAGCUAAAAUGUCAAAGUAUAAACAGACUGCUUCAAGCUAUUUAUUUGAUCUACCCUUGACUGCCGCUGAACUGGAUUAAUUUGAGGAAAUCUAACUUUCUAAGUGUGUGAUUGUACCCUCAAUCCAAAUUUAAAAAUGCAGUGAAAAACACUGUACAAAUGCACAAUGACUCAUUUCUGAAGAACGAUGAUUGUUGUUGGAACGAUGCAUGUUUAUUAUUUGGGGUAUUUUUGGAUGUAGUAUGGAUGAGUGUUGCUGGAAGCAGAUUAAAUGUGAAAUAUUUUGAUAAAGAUAAUGAAACAGGGCUGUGUCACUGUAGGCUCUUCUGGUUAACAUCUGCUCAGUGUGAUGAUCUUCAGUCAUUGCGUGCAAAGCCUUUAUCUAUUCUAUAUUUUCUAAAGCCUUGCAGUCACAUCUAAAGGGGAAGAGGUAAGUGAAUAGAAAAUCUGAUUAUUUUCUAAACUAAAUACUGAUUUUCUGCAAUCUGAAGCAGAUGAUGCAUGCUUUACAACUGAGAACAGUAUACACAUAGGCUACAGUAGAAACCCCAACCUUAGCUCUACAUUUAGCUCUACAUUUAUCUUAUGUUUAGGCAUGUAAAGUUUAUUCUGUCAUUGAAGCAGUAUGUUUCUAGAGUUGGUUUUAGAGUAAUAUUUAAUCCUGCCUUCACUGUUGUCAUACUUCAAAGUGCCUCAAACUUUUAAAGACUGUUCAUGAAGAAAUAAACUUAUUUGA